UACCAUUCCCUUUACCAUCUCAGUUCUUAUCUCCGCUUUCCAUAGCUUAGGUACCGACAGGGUAUGAGCUCACCAUCUCAUGAUCUCAGGGAACUGUCAUAAGGAUCAGAAUUCUUUGUUUAUGGUUCCAGGUAGUUUAUUUAAAAUGGACCAGAAAUAUCUGUUAUGGUGUAUUUGUUUCUGGUUUUUGACUUGCUCCCUACUCCAUGCCUCAUCUGAUGGAUUACUGAGAGUCAAACUUAAGAAGAGACCCUUGGAUCGCAAUACUCUGGAUGCAGCAAGAAUUGUGAGGAAAGAGAACAUGCAUAGUCAAAAUAAUGCAUUUCAUCAUAAUCUUGAAGAUUCUGAUAUUGACAUAGUAUCCCUCAAAAACUACAUGGAUGCCCAAUACUUUGGUGAGAUUGGUAUUGGCUCACCUCCGCAAAACUUUUCUGUCAUUUUUGACACUGGAAGCUCGAACUUGUGGGUCCCAUCAUCAAAAUGCUUCUUUUCUGUGCCAUGUUAUUUUCACCAUAAGUACAAGUCAGGUUCAUCAAGUACUUACAGAAAGAAUGGAAAGUCAUGUAAAAUAACUUAUGGUUCUGGGACAAUUUCUGGUUUCUUCAGCCAAGACAGUGUACAAGUUGGUGACCUAGUUGUUAAAGAUCAGAUUUUCAUAGAGGCAACAAAAGAAUCAAGCCUGUCAUUCUUACUGGCAAAGUUCGAUGGCAUUCUUGGUCUUGGUUUUCAAGAAAUAUCUGUUGGCAAUUAUCCACCCAUUUGGUAUAACAUGGCUAAGCAGGGACUUAUUGAGAAUAAGGUUUUUUCUUUCUGGCUUAAUAGAGAUACUGAUGACAUGAAUGGUGGUGAAAUUGUUUUUGGAGGUGUUGACUCAAAGCAUUACAAGGGUGAUCAUACUUAUGUUUCAGUUUCUCAUAAAGGAUAUUGGCAGUUUGAGAUGGGUGAUUUUCUAAUUGAUGGCCAGUCUACUGGCUUCUGUUCUGGAGGUUGUUCUGCUAUUGUUGAUUCUGGGACUUCCUUGCUGACUGGUCCCACAACUAUUAUAGCCCAAGUCAAUCAUGCCAUUGGUGCUGAAGGAAUCGUUAGCAUGGAAUGUAAAGAAAUUGUUAACGAAUAUGGGGAAAUGAUACUUGAAUUACUGAUAGCAGAGACACGACCAGUGAAAGUGUGCAGGAAGAUUGGCCUGUGUGAAUUUGAUGGAGCUCAAUAUGUCAGCACUGACAUACAAUCUGUCCUUGAGAAGCAAAAGGACAAAACAUCUGUUAAUCAAGAUGUUCUAUGUACUUUUUGUGAGAUGGCUGUUAUAUGGAUUGAAAAUCAGCUCCGACAAAAUCAAACUAAAGAACACAUAUUAGCUUAUGCAAAUGAGAUUUGUGAACGCCUGCCAAGCCCCAUGGGAGAGUCAGCUGUUGAUUGCAAUCAGAUUGCAAGCAUGCCAAAUGUUGCAUUUACUAUUGGGAAAAGAACAUUUAGUCUAACUCCAAAAGAGUAUGUUCUCAAAGUCGAGCAAGGAGGCACAGCAGUCUGUAUAAGUGGCUUUACGGCAAUCGAUAUACCUCCUCCUCAGGGACCUCUCUGGAUUCUUGGAGAUGUCUUCAUGGGCGCUUAUCACACGGUCUUUGAUUUUGGCAAUAACAGUAUAGGGUUUGCCAAGUCUGCUUAAGAGGAUUGCAGUGCAACUUAGCUCAUAUUUACCUGUUUAUAGCCUUGUAGAUAACAGUGAGCUAAAAGGUGGAUGUUGAAAUGUAGACUAAUACAAAUAUAAACCGCUCCGGUACCCAUGGUAGGCAAGUUUGUAUGUUGCUAAGUAUCCAGAUAUUUUAAGGCCGACGUGUUUGGUCAUACAGUUUAUAAAUAUCAAAAUAAUGGGGCCAUAGACUAUGUGGAUUCAUACUUUAUAUGUUUGGUUGUACAAGAAAUUUCUGUUUAUCCUCUUCUUUCAAA